UUGUUUGCAAGAAUUUUAUUUCGAGAUCUCGCCUUGGACUAGGGUAGGACUAACUGGUCGAGAUUUAUCUUUCUUGCGUGCAAAACUUUGACGGAUUUUCAGUUGAAUUUUGUUGUGCACAUUUACAGAAGUUAUUUGUAACUGUGCGAAGUUUCGUGCGUGAAUAAUAAUGGCCAGUCGGCCUGGCAUAGUGCGAAAAUUGGACGAGGCCGUGGUGAACAGGAUCGCUGCCGGUGAAGUGCUCCAGCGACCUGCAAAUGCGGUUAAGGAGAUGUUGGAAAACAGUUUGGACGCUGGUGCGACGUCGAUUCAAGUGUCUGUGAAAAACGGUGGUCUGAAGGUGUUGCAAAUUCAGGACAAUGGCAGCGGGAUUCGACGGGAAGACUUGCCCAUUGUUUGCCACCGUUUCACGACGAGCAAAUUGAAGGAGUUCUCUGACCUGAGUUCAAUUGCCACAUACGGAUUCCGUGGAGAAGCGCUGGCCAGUAUCACACAUGUUGCCCAUGUCACGAUCACUACGAGGACUGUUGACGACAAGUGCGCUUACAGAGCAUCGUAUUCAGAUGGAGAAUUGAAAGAACCGCCUCAACCCUGCGCAGGAACAGUAGGAACCUUGAUAAACGUCGAAGACUUGUUUUACAAUGUGUCGACGCGUCGCAGCGCUUUGAGUAACAUUCUGCGUCAAGAAGAUUGGGGAAGCGAAAGCAGAUGUCAGAACCCCGCCGAAUUCGACAGUCCUUGA